AUGCAUCAGUCGCAUUUCGACUGGCAUCGAGAUGCGAGGAACCCGUUUAAUUGGGCCCGGCGCCGAAAGUGGACGACAAUCGCCGUGGCGUGCUGGGUAACCUUCAUCAUCGGCCUCAAUGCGACAUCCAUCACCACGGCCGCCCAAGUCAUUUCUCGCCAGUUCCACCUCCCAGAUCACCGGCUCGAGGUCAAUUUCUUUGCUGUCGUGGCAUGGAAUGCCGCUGCCGCAUUUGUACCCCUCGUCACGCUUCCUCUCAUGGACACGUACGGCACUAGGAUUGGAUAUUUGACCUGUUAUGUGCUCUUCACCAUCUUCAUCAUUCCGCAGGCACUAGCACAGAACUUCGCAACCCUUUUGGUGAGCCGUGUCCUUGCCGGCGCGUUUGGCGGCACAGUACAAAAUGCGGCCGAUGGCAUUAUAGCCAAUGUGUUUCCCCAUCAUCAUGAGCGAGCUUUGCCUUUAACCCUUUAUAUCCUGGCCUUACUCACAGGCGUGACCAUGGGUCCCGUGCUCGGUGCUGUUUUUGAGCAUCUGAAUUGGCGAUGGAUUUUCUGGAUUCAGCUCAUCAUAUGUGGAGCGACCUUGCCGGUUGUUGCUUUCAUGACUGAGGAGACCCGAGGCUCUGUCAUUCUAGCCCAGAUAUUGUCAAAGACGGAAUCCGCUGCCCAGGCCAAAUUGUCUGAGGAUGAAAGCACCGUCAAAAUGCUUAAAGAGACCAUUACACGCUCUGCCAAAUUCUUGGUGGUCGAGCCAACAAUCACCUCGUUUACACUAUGGUCCUCUUUUGCGUUCGGCCUCGUCUUCAUCUCGACCCAGUCGGUCCCUCUCGUGUUCGCCCGGGCAUAUGGUUGGAGUUCCUACAGCAGUGGCUUGGUCCAGUCCGCCAUCGCCAUUGGGGAGAUUGUUGGCUUUGCGGCUUGCCUCUAUCAGAACCACGUAUACGUGAGAAGCGCUAGGCACGGCAUUCCUGGCGCCGUGGAUGGGGAGGAAAGCCCGGAGCAGCACGACCCGGUUCCAGAAUCCAUAUUGUAUCUCUCCAUUCCGAGCACGGCGAUAGCAUUAUCCGGUGGCCUGUUCAUGUAUGGCUGGAGCAUCUUCCAGGCCCAUUGGGUUAUUACCGCCCUGGCACUGGUGCUGAUUGGUUACGCAAGCAUGGUAAUUGUGACGGCUGUCACAAUUUACAUUACCCAUUCGUAUGCCGGGUUUGCCGCCAGUGCCAUCGGCGCCAUUGCGUUUGGUGAGAACUUGUUCGCGGCUUUCUUGCCCCUGGCCACCAAGGCCAUGUACGAGGACUUGGGAUACCAGUGGGCCAGUAGCCUACUUGGGUUCGUUGCUCUGGCCCUGACGCUUGCUCCCAUCGUCUUACUAUGGAAGGGCCCUGCUAUCCGAGGUAGAGGUAAAAUGACGCAGGGGUUGCCACACUGA